CCAACACUCGCCGACACACACGCACCGUGGACCCUCGGAGAGACUUUUACGCGCAUAUUCUUUAUUAUUUUUUCUUCAUAUUCCCCCCCCACCCCCCAUCCCCCCCCUCUCUCUCCCGCUUUUCUCUCCACCCACUUCGCGUGCGCGCGCGCGCGUCUCUCUCUCUCCGUGUGUGUGUAUGCGUGCGUGUGUGCGUGUGCGCGCGUUCUUGAAAACUCCACGGGACGAGCAUUAAAGCAGACAUUUAACGGGGGAAGACGCGCGGCCGGACUUCGCCGGGGUGAAAAAAAAAAAACGGACUAACGCGGAGGAAACUUGAACAUCAUUCAUUCAUUACCUUGACAACCGCUGGCUUUGAUUGACAGCCGGAGUGGCAAAAAGCCAUGAGACGCGACAGUUGACUUCGCAAUCUGGGCCCAUUAUUGUCACCCUCGCACUUUUUUCCCCCAUAUUUUUAUUUUCUACUUCCACCCCCAACAGACGGACCCGCGCCGAUGCGACGAUUUCACGGAGAAUUCGCUGAAGAAGAAGAAGAAGAAAAAAAAAAAGUUAACCGAAACCAAGAAGAAAGCUGGUGGACAUUUUUUUUUUUUUUUUUUUUUUUUUUUUUUUUUGCUGUUUUCCACGCACAGGACGAAACAUUGGAUUUUUAUUAUAAGAAAUAAGGAGUUUAUUGGAGCUGCAGCCUAUAAUGGCGCAAAGGUACGAUGAGCUGGCCCACUACGGGGGUAUGGACGGCGUAUCGGCGUCCAUGUACGGGGACCCGCACGCUCCCCGGCCGCUCCCCCAGGUCCACCAUCUCAACCACGGACCGCCGCUCCACGCCAGCCAACAUUACGGAGCUCACGCACCCCACCCCAACGUCAUGCCCACCAGCAUGGGCUCGGCCGUCAACGACGUCCUAAAAAGGGAUAAGGACCAGAUUUAUGGGCAUCCCCUCUUCCCUCUCCUCGCGCUGGUCUUCGAGAAGUGCGAGCUGGCGACGUGCACGCCGAGGGAGCCCGGCGUGGCCGGGGGAGACGUCUGCUCCUCGGACUCCUUCAACGAAGACAUCGCGGUGUUUGCCAAACAGGUCCGUGCAGAAAAACCUUUAUUUUCGUCGAAUCCAGAAUUGGAUAAUUUGAUGAUACAAGCCAUACAAGUAUUACGGUUUCACCUCUUGGAAUUAGAAAAGGUGCAUGAGCUCUGCGAUAAUUUUUGCCACCGGUACAUCAGCUGUUUGAAAGGAAAAAUGCCAAUAGAUUUAGUGAUCGAUGAGCGGGAUGGAAGCUCCAAAUCGGACCACGAGGAGCUGUCCGGCUCGUCGACGAACCUCGCCGAUCAUAAUCCAGCGUCCUGGAGAGACCACGAUGACGCCGUCUCCACGCACUCGGCCGGCACACCGGGACCCUCCAGCGGGGGGCACGCUUCGCAGAGCGGAGACAACAGCAGCGAACAAGGAGACGGUCUAGACAACAGCGUGGCAUCGCCCGGCACAGGCGACGACGACGACCCCGACAAGGAUAAGAAGAGGCAGAAAAAACGAGGCAUUUUCCCCAAGGUGGCCACCAACAUCAUGAGGGCAUGGCUCUUCCAGCAUCUCACGCACCCGUACCCGUCUGAAGAGCAGAAGAAGCAGCUAGCCCAGGACACGGGGCUCACCAUCCUACAAGUAAACAACUGGUUCAUUAAUGCCAGGAGAAGAAUAGUACAGCCCAUGAUUGACCAGUCAAAUCGAGCAGGUUUUCUUCUUGAUCCUUCAGUAAGCCAAGGAGCAGCGUACAGUCCCGAGGGCCAACCAAUGGGCAGCUUCGUGCUGGACGGUCAGCAGCACAUGGGCAUCCGACCGGCCGGUCUGCCGGGCAUGCCGGGCGACUACGUACCUCAGAGCGGUCCUAUGGGCGUGAGCAUGGCCCCCUCUACUUACAGCGACCCCCGUCAGAUGACCUCCUACCCCGGCCAGCUGCGACCUGGACCCCCCCCUCCUCCUCCUCCUCUUCACACGCACCACCCCCACCACUACCACCACCACCAUCACCACCACCAUCACGCCAUGCUGAUGCACGGAGGACCCUCGUCCCACCCGGGGAUGGCGCAGCAGAGACCCCCCUUGCUCACGCCCAUGGACCCCGCCACUGGAGGAGCGGGCCUGGACAUCCACGCCUGAAGGGAGCGACCGCUUUUAUGUAAAGAUGAAAAAAAAAAAAAAAAGGAAAAAAAAAAAAAGACUAAUGUUGACUAUUUUUCAAGAAUUCCAGACAAACUGUGACGACUCUUUUUUUUUUUUUUUUUUUUUUUUUUUCUAACUCCCAGCCGAGGACCAAACUGACACCUUGUAAAGUCUUGGGCUUUUUUUUUUUUUUUUUUUUUUUUUUUUUUUUGGCUACACCAUAGGACGCAAAACUGUAAAAAAAAAAAAAAAAAAAAAUGUCAAAACGUUUCCGGAAAAAGUGGACAAAACACGCACUCUUGGCGCUUUGAAACGUUUCAAAAAAGAAAAAAAAAUCACUCUGGAAGACUUUAAAAAGAAAAUGAAAAAAAACUCCAAGAGUUAUAACUACUGUAGUAUAAAAAAAAAAUAGAAUAAAUAAGUUAAAACUUUGGAAUUUUUUUUUUUUUUAAUGUUUUCUGAGCUAGUUUUUAGGAUUUUCUCUCUCCUGGAGGAGCAGCACAGCACUAUUAAGAAACAACAGAAGAAGAUGGAACAUCUCAAAAAAAAUUUAAAAAAAAUAAUUAAAAAAAACACCACAUGGCCAUCAGGUCCUGCUCCACCCCUGAAGAGCAGGGCAAGAUGGGACCGGAUCUCUCCUGAAGAACUGAAAAGGCUCAUGAAUGAAUGUUGCCCCGCUUUAAAUUGCCCAAGCACUGGAUUGUGUUGGUUUUUUACUUCUUUUUUUUUUUUUUUUAAAGCCAGGACUCUUUUGCUGAAGAGCCAGUGAAGAAGGAAGCUCCACAGUGGGUGUAAAAAAAAAAAAAAAAAAAAAAAAAAAAAAAAAAGUGACAUCCCACUUUGCUUCUUUUUUGUAUCUGCAGAUCAACACUCUGGGACUACAUGUUGAUCCUGCAGCGCUGAAGAGAAGCUCUUAAUGCAGCAAAAAGCUAAAGAAAAAACAAACACUUAAAUUAUGAACUCAAUGCUUUUUUUGGGGGGCCGGGGGGGUGGGGAAGAAAAACAAAAAGCUGAGAGAAUAUUGUAACAAACUUCGUACAGAGUUCAGUCUAUUAAUUGUUUCAUGUUAGAUAUUCUAUGUGUUUACCUCAAUUGAAAAAAAAAAAAGAAUGUUUUUUUUUUUGCUAGUUUCAGAUCUGCUGUGGCAUUGAUAUUGUAUAUGUCCAUGAAUUCCUUCCUCCUGCUUUUGAUUUUUUUUUUUUUUGUUUGUUUUGUUUUAUUUGGCCCCUCCUCUCAGCACGUGUUCCUCACUAGAAGAUGAGAUCUCCCUUAAAAGCUUUGUCAAAAAAACAAAAAAACAAAAACAAAACAAAAAAAAUACAUUAAAAAUACUUGUAUGAGGACUGUGACGUAUUGUUUUAAAAAGGUGUUCAGUCACAAAUGCUGUAAUAAAUAUUUCAUUUUUGGAUUU